CAGUAUGCCACUGAUUACAAGAUGGUCGCCGUGGGAAACGACACCAAUGGAACCAUCCUCUACCAGAAGGUUCCUGUGGGCACAGAACCAGAUGGUAUGAACAUCUUGGGCCUGGUUCUCUUUGCCAUGGUGUUCGGUGUGGCACUGAGGAAGCUGGGAGAGGAGGGGGAGGAGCUCAUACGCUUCUUCAACGCUUUCAAUGAAGCCACCAUGGUGCUGGUGUCCUGGAUCAUGUGGUACGUCCCGUUCGGCAUCAUGUUCCUGGUGGGAAGUAAGAUAGUGGAGAUGGAGGAUGUGGUUCUGUUGGUGACCAGUCUGGGGAAAUACAUAUUUGCCUCUGUCCUGGGUCAUAUCAUCCACGGGGGGGUUAUCCUGCCUCUCAUCUACUUUGGGUUCACACGCAAGAACCCCUUCAGCUUCCUGUCCGGCCUCAUCACGCCCUUCACCACCGCCUUCGCCACCUGCUCCAGCUCGGCGACCCUGCCCUCCAUGAUGAAGUGUGUAGAGGAGAACAACGGAGUGGACAAGCGGAUCAGUCGUUUCAUCCUUCCCAUCGGAGCCACCGUCAACAUGGACGGGGCGGCCAUCUUCCAGUGUGUCGCGGCUGUCUUCAUCGCUCAGCUCAACAACAUAGAGCUCAACGCCGGUCAGAUCUUCACCAUCCUUGUGACAGCCACAGCGUCCAGUGUGGGCGCAGCAGGCAUCCCAGCCGGGGGCAUCAUCACCAUCGCCAUCAUCCUGGAGGCUAUCGGCCUGCCCACCAACGACCUGUCACUCAUGCUGGCCGUCGACUGGAUCGUGGACCGCACCACCACCGUAGUGAACGUGGAGGGAGACGCCCUCGGGGCAGGGAUCCUCCACCACAUCAACCAACAGGAGAUGAAGAAACAACACCUGGGGGAGGAGCUAGCGGAGGUCCUGGUGGAAGCGGUGGCCAACACCCAGGCUGACGAGGAGACCUCCCCGCUCGUCACGCACCAAACCCUGGGUUCAGCAGGCGACCAAUCCCCCAGGGAGACCGCGGAAGCCAUUGAGUCUGUCCUGUGAACUCGUAAAACAACUGUGAAUUCUGUCUCUAUGGUUACAAUCAGUGGUGGCUGGUGGCACUUCAAUUCGGAGGACGGGCUCAUAGCAAGGGCUGGAACGAAAUGAAUUGAAUCGUAUCAAAACACAUCAAAUAUAUGUUUUUUUUUUCCAUUCCAGACAUUAUUAUUAGCCGUCCUCCCCUCACCAGCCCCCUCUGGUGUCUAAGGUUACGAUGC